AUGGGGAAUUGUUGCAGUAGUAGUUUUCCAGAAGAACAGCUACCUCGUGCCCCACCGGGACGUAGAGGUUAUCCUGUAGGCAAUACUCAUAAUGUUUACCAUACCAAUCCAGUAUUAGACUUACUUGAAGAAGAGUACCAAAUCAAGAGAAAUUUUGAAGCAGAAACAAAAGGCAGAUCUAGGGGCAAGAGACGCGAUCGAGAUAGAGAUAGAGAUAUUGGCCCCAGGCGAAACAGAAAAUGCGAAAAUCGCAGUAAUAGUCGCUCUGGAACUCGUCAAAGAGCUACUCUGAGUGGUAAGAGAUCGCGUGUAAUUGGUCCCAAGAAUUGCCAUAGAAAACCCAAAGCGAGUAGGAGGAGACGGAAAGAUUUCAGCGAAGAUGAAGAUGAAGAUGAAGAUGAAGAUGAAGAUGAAGAUGAAGAAGAUGACAAUGAUAGCGAUGGUAGUGAAUUCGAGAUCAGGGACGAUGAUGUUGAAUUUGAUAGCGACAGUGAUAGUGACAGCGAUUCUGAGAUCUAUCGCCGGAAGAUGUCAAAGUCGGUCAAAAGCCGGCGAAAGGAGCAACCUCGAAACAAACGACUUGGAAAAAUAGUCAAGGUGAUCGAUGAGGACGAGGAUGAUGACUACGAUGAGUCCUUGGAAGAGGAAGACGAUGAUGAUGAUGAAGAGGACUAUGAGAAUCACACUAAACAGAAGAGUAAGAGGAAGAAAAGCAAGAGCAAACCAAGCAUCAAUGAAGUUCCAAAGAUUAGAGCAAAGGGCAAAAUCAAGCUAAAACCGAAGGUCAAGAAGGUGAAGCAGGAUGAUAAAAUUGCUCUAUUAGAGAGGGAGGAUGAUGAGAAUGAUGUCGAUAAUGAUGAUGUGGAAGACGACGAUGAACAAGAAGAUGCAAACAAAUAUCCCCAGAGCAAAGAUUACGAAGCGGGAGGCAAAGGAAAAGAACCAGAAACGCCGAAUCCUUACCGGUGGACAAAUUCCUCACAAAUAUUCGACAAGAAUAAGAGCAGCAUAUACCAAAGAGCCAGAUCGAAAGGGUCUGAUCGCGAAUCAAUUCGUCAACUCGAAAUCCAACGUCAUCGUAAAAGGCGAGAACGAGAAUCGUCACUCAAAACUCCUAAAAAAUCUAUCUCAGAAAGCCCUGGCGAAGAUGAUUGGACCGACACAGACGCAUCUUCAAUCACACCCUCUAAACGAUCCGGCAGUACUUCAUCUCGUCUAUCCUCCUUAUUUGGCCCACGAAACCGAGGUCUAACACCGGGACCAACUUCCCAUUUGAUGUCUCCCAUCUCACCACUCACUCGACCUUCCGUCUCAUCGAAAUCUGGAGAAACCACCUUUGGCGCCUCGGUGAUCAAGGCAUCGCCACUACAAGAGAUCGUAUCUGCAGACUCACUGCCCGCAAAUCCUGAGCCAAAAGAAGCUAUCAUAACACCUCCUCCAACGGUUCAUCAGCGGCCAGUCUCACCUCUUACCAAAGCUGCUGAGCCGUGUCCGGAGGGAAUGAAGAAAGUUAUUUUCAUGAGUCGUGGCAAGAGAAGCUCUAUAAAAUUGAUACCUUCAGAUGGGAAGCAUAAAGCUACUGAUGAUGUUGAGAUUAUUCUUACCAAAUGA